AUGCACCCAGUUGACUCUGUGUCCAAUCCGAUGCACCCAGUUCACUCUGUGUCCAAUCCGAUGCACCCAGUUGACACUGUGUCCAAUCCGAUGCACCCAGUUCACUCUGUGUCCAAUCCGAUGCACCCAGUUGACUCUGUGUCCAAUCCGAUGCAACCAGUUGACUCUGUGUCCAAUCCGAUGCAACCAGUUGACUCGGUGUCCAAUCCGAUGCAACCAGUUGACUCGGUGUCCAAUCCGAUGCAACCAGUUGACUCGGUGUCCAAUCCGAUGCAACCAGUUGACUCGGUGUCCAAUCCGAUGCAACCAGUUGACUCGGUGUCCAAUCCGAUGCAACCAGUUGACUCGGUGUCCAAUCCGAUGCAACCAGUUGACUCGGUGUCCAAUCCGAUGCAACCAGUUGACUCGGUGUCCAAUCCGAUGCAACCAGUUGACUCGGUGUCCAAUCCGAUGCAACCAGUUGACUCGGUGUCCAAUCCGAUGCAACCAGUUGACUCGGUGUCCAAUCCGAUGCAACCAGUUGACUCGGUGUCCAAUCCGAUGCAACCAGUUGACUCGGUGUCCAAUCCGAUGCAACCAGUUGACUCGGUGUCCAAUCCGAUGCAACCAGUUGACUCGGUGUCCAAUCCGAUGCAACCAGUUGACUCGGUGUCCAAUCCGAUGCACCCAGUUGACUCUGUGUCCAAUCCGAUGCACCCAGUUCACUCUGUGUCCAAUCCGAUGCACCCAGUUGACACUGUGUCCAAUCCGAUGCACCCAGUUGACUCUGUGUCCAAUCCGAUGCACCCAGUUGACACGGUGUCCAAUCCGAUGCACCCAGUUGACUCGGUGUCCAAUCCGAUGCAACCAGUUGACUCGGUGUCCAAUCCGAUGCAACCAGUUGACUCGGUGUCCAAUCCGAUGCAACCAGUUGACUCGGUGUCCAAUCCGAUGCAACCAGUUGACUCGGUGUCCAAUCCGAUGCAACCAGUUGACUCGGUGUCCAAUCCGAUGCAACCAGUUGACUCGGUGUCCAAUCCGAUACAACCAGUUGACUCGGUGUCCAAUCCGAUGCAACCAGUUGACUCGGUGUCCAAUCCGAUGCAACCAGUUGACUCGGUGUCCAAUCCGAUGCAAUCAGUUGACUCGGUGUCCAAUCCGAUGCACCCAGUUGACUCGGUGUCCAAUCCGAUGCAACCAGUUGACUCGGUGUCCAAUCCGAUGCAACCAGUUGACUCGGUGUCCAAUCCGAUGCAACCAGUUGACUCUGUGUCCAAUCCGAUGCAACCAGUUGACUCGGUGUCCAAUCCGAUGCACCCAGUUGACUCGGGGGUGUCCAAUCCGAUGCAACCAGUUGACUCGGUGUCCAAUCCGAUGCAACCAGUUGACUCUGUGUCCAAUCCGAUGCAACCAGUUGACUCGGUGUCCAAUCCGAUGCAACCAGUUGACUCUGUGUCCAAUCCGAUGCAACCAGUUGACUCUGUGUCCAAUCCGAUGCAACCAGUUGACUCGGUGUCCAAUCCGAUGCAACCAGUUGACUCGGUGUCCAAUCCGAUGCACCCAGUUGACUCGGUGUCCAAUCCGAUGCACCCAGUUGACUCGGUGUCCAAUCCGAUGCACCCAGUUGACUCGGUGUCCAAUCCGAUGCAACCAGUUGACUCGGUGUCCAAUCCGAUACAACCAGUUGACUCGGUGUCCAAUCCGAUGCAACCAGUUGACUCGGUGUCCAAUCCGAUGCAACCAGUUGACUCGGUGUCCAAUCCGAUGCAACCAGUUGACUCGGUGUCCAAUCCGAUGCACCCAACAACAACAACAAAACAUGAAUAUGAAAACAUGAAGUCAAAACCGCAACGCCUUUCUCUGGAUGACCACAUGUUUUCACUGCAGUAG